ACUACCCCCCCUCCCCAAAAGUUGGAGUCCUCGCUCGCGAGUUGCCUUCGGAGUCGCGCGCCGACAGCUCCUCGGCGCAGAACGUCAUGGCUUCUCCGGCCAAAGGCAGUGACUUGUUUUCGUCGGAUGAAGAGGGCCCCGCGGUGUUGGCCGGCCCGGGCCCGGGGCCUGGGGGAGCCGAGGGCAGCGCGGAGGAGCGCAGGGUCAAGGUCUCCAGCCUGCCCUUCAGCGUGGAGGCGCUCAUGUCCGACAAGAAGCCGCCCAAGGAGACGCCCGCCGUGCCACCCGACUGCCCCUCGGCUGGCGCGGUGCUGCGGCCGCUGCUGCUGCCCGGACACGGCGUCCGGGACGCACACAGUCCCGGGCCUCUCGUCAAGCCCUUCGAGACCGCCUCGGUCAAGUCGGAAAAUUCCGAAGACGGAGCGGCGUGGAUACAGGAGCCCGGCAGAUACUCCCCGCCACCCAGACACAUGAGCCCCACCACCUGCACCCUGAGGAAACACAAGACCAACCGGAAGCCACGCACACCCUUCACCACGUCCCAGCUUCUAGCCCUGGAGCGCAAGUUCCGCCAGAAACAGUACCUCUCCAUUGCUGAGCGGGCCGAGUUCUCCAGCUCGUUGAACCUUACAGAAACACAGGUCAAAAUCUGGUUCCAGAACCGAAGGGCUAAGGCGAAAAGACUGCAGGAGGCGGAACUGGAAAAGCUGAAAAUGGCCGCCAAACCUAUGCUGCCCUCCGGCUUCAGUCUGCCUUUCCCUAUCAACUCACCCCUGCAAGCGGCUUCCCUAUAUGGAGCAUCCUACCCCUUCCAUAGACCUGUGCUUCCCAUCCCGCCUGUUGGACUCUAUGCCACACCGGUUGGAUACGGCAUGUACCAUCUAUCCUAAGGAAGAUCAGAUGGACAGACUCCAGGAUAGAUGUUUGCAUAAAAGCAUUUCCCUCCCUCUCCAAGAAGGUGGUGCUCAGCCAGCUCCUGAACGAAGACCUUGCCUCACCACCCUAAGCCACAGGCCCACAGGGCCGCUUGAUACUGAGUGCAUUUGUUAUUUAGGUGAGAGGCGCCAAGACCUGUUCUGUUUUCAUAAUCUUCCAAAUGUCCCCUUGUCCUCUCACAAAUAUUGGCUCUGCUAGUUUUUAUGUAUAAAUAUAUAAUAAAAUAUAAGACUUUUUAUAUGCCAGAUGUAAAAAUUCAAGUUAUUUUGAAAGGCAAAGUUUAUAUGUACAUUUAUCCACUUUUCUAGAUAGCAUCUUAAGAUAUUGUGUUUGCUGCGUUUUCUUAAAGGGAAAGAGAUUGUUUGCAGACUUUGCUAGAACUUUUGAGAAUGGUGGACUUGCUUGUGGAGGAUGUACCAGAAAUAGACAAGGUGCAUACAGGAAGUAGAUUCAGAUAGAUUCUAACAAGGGGGGGAGGUGUGUAGCAUGUUUGCAGUUUACCUGCAUAAGGAAAAAAUUUGGAGAUGCACAUUUGAUUCUCUUCCCUCCUUUUUUGCAUAUUAUUAAAUCUUUUUUUUUUAAGGGUCAAUGAAAGGAGGAUGAAAAUAACCCCGAGAAUUACUUCCUAACUCCAUCCUAGUUCAUUGGAGUGAAAAAGAAAAAAAGGGGGGGGGGUUAGAAGGCAAAACAUGUUUGGAAGAACUGAUUUCUAUGAAAUGCUAAUUAAUUACAUCAGUUCUCAGAGACGGUUGGAGGAGGCAAAACCUCCCAAAAAUGAGCAUCUUGUAACUGUUACCUGUAUUUUAAAUAGUCUUCAGUCCAUAGAAUCAGGAAUGAAAAAAAGAACAUGCUUUCUCUCUGUGUGUACUUAAUGUAUGUGCUAAACUUACUGGAGAAAUUCCUAUGUUCUAAGGUGUUGGAGGAGAAGCCAUCUUUUUGGCUGGAAAUGGUGUCAGACAGCACUGUCAGGGCUCCCUGAUUUUCUUUCUUUCUUUUUUUUUUUUUUUAACCUUCCCAUCCAUCUCUUCUCCCGGCAUAUUUUUAUCCCGUUG